GACAACUUGAAAAUGGGAGUGAAAAUUGUUUUAACACAUGUUUUGUUUGCUCUGAUACUAUCUGCGUACUCAGAAAAUCUAAAAGGUAAAAGGACUUUUGGGUGUAUGUUAAAGGCUUUUGGUGACAAUGCCUACGUCUGUGUUUGUAAUUCAACCUACUGUGAUACUGUAGAGAACACAGAACCCCAAAAAGCUAGCAAGGGAGGUUACUCUGUAUAUCAGUCAGACAACACAGGAAACCGUCUAGUUCAUAGUUAUGGCUCUGCCAGCAAACAGAAACAGGGAAAAGAAAUCCUGGUGAACCAGAAUACAACCUUUCAGUCCAUUAUUGGGUUUGGUGGAGCCUUCACAGAUGCUGCUGGAAUCAACAUCCAGUCUCUGUCGGCUAACACACAGCGGAAUCUACUCUCAUCUUACUACUCAACAGAAGGUAUUGAGUAUACACUUGGGAGAAUUCCUAUGGCCAGCUGUGAUUUUUCAACACACCCCUAUUCCUACGAUGACACAGAUGGGGAUUUUAACUUGACCAAAUUUUCCUUAGCCCAAGAGGACUUCAAAUAUAAGAUACCAAUCACACAAGCAGUAAUGAAGACUUUCAAGAGGAAUUUAACCUUAUUUGCUAGUCCUUGGAGUGCUCCAGCAUGGAUGAAGACCAACAAAAACAUGACUGGAAAGGGCUCCUUGAUUGGACAACCAGGUGGACCAUACUUCAAAUCCUGGGCACUGUAUUUUGUGAAGUUUCUAAAGGCCUAUGCAGAUAAUGGAAUUCCUAUUUGGGGUCUGACAGGACAGAAUGAGCCUACUGACGGAAUGAUUACGAACUUUCCAUUCCAAGCGAUGGGCUGGACGCCAGAAAUGCAGAGAGAUUUUAUCGUUAAGGAUCUUGGACCCGCUUUACAACAGAACUCUCUAGGUGAUGUAAAGCUAAUGAUCUUAGAUGACUCCAGACUUCAGCUACCCUACUGGGCAGAACAGGUUUUCAGUAGUGAAGAGGCCAGAAAGUUUGUGUCAGGGAUAGCGGUCCAUUGGUACCAAGAUUUUGUUGCCCCCACUCUGGCCCUGUCUAGCACCCACAAAAUGUUUCCAGAUAAAUUCCUACUGGCUACAGAGGCCUGUGCUGGGUCCCUGCCAUGGAAUUACCCUAAAGUAGCCCUAGGAAGCUGGAAAAGAGGGGAGGAUUAUGCUCACGAUAUAAUGCAGGAUCUGAAUAACUUUGUCAGUGGAUGGACAGAUUGGAAUAUAGCCUUAGACAUGGAGGGUGGACCAAAUUGGGUGAAAAACUUUGUUGACAGUCCAAUUAUAGUCAAUGCCAAGACAGAUGAAUUCUAUAAACAACCCAUGUUCUAUGUUAUGGGGCACUUUAGUAAGUUUAUCCUUCCUGGAUCAGUGAGAAUUAAACUAGUACCAAGCCAAGCUCUUGAGAAAGAUACCCAGAUUGUAGGCUUCCGAAGACCAGACAAGGCCAUAGUCUGUGUUUUACUGAACAAAUCUAGUCAAGAUGUCACAUUAGCACUUCGAGAUCCUUCUGUAGGAUACAUCAAUGUUGAUCUCAAACCUCACUCAAUACAGACUGUACUGUGGUGGCCAUCUUAACUACUUAACGCGUUAAAAGCUUAUCUGUGUUAAAAAUUAUCUGUGAUAUUUUGAAAUGCAUGUGCAAUAAGACUAUUUUGAGUGCAGUUUAUAAAAGAUUCAUUUUAUCAACAUUAUAGAUAAUAUUUUAUACAAAAUCAUUUCAUAACAUGUAAUCAAAAAUGUAAAAUACAAGUAUACAACUAUAUAGCUUUAUAGGAGAUACAGACUGCCUACUCUCCCGAUUUAUCUGUAAUUUUUACAAUUUUUGACCCCCUAAAUACGCUCUACAAUUUAAAUGCGAAAUCUCCUAAUAUCUGGAUUUUGACUGUUCUUGUUUUCAAUGGAGCAGUACAGAUGCUUGAGUGAUAGAAAAUUGUGAUACCAUUUUCAAGCAUCUACUGUAAAUGUAUUACAUUUGGCUAUGUAUUCUAUUUAGCACCUUUUGUGGAAAGCACCUUCUGCUAAAUCAAGUACAUUGGUAAAUGCCUGUAAAGUGUAAAUAUAUUCAUAUAAAGCACAUUCAGAAAGCGCUAAAUCAAAUCUAAGCUAACUUGCUGAAAAAUCAAUUUCCGUCAAAUAUCGUACACGUCAAAUAAAAUACAUUUACAGUAUAUUACAGUGAGUAUCUGCCCAAAUAGACAUGCACAAACACCAGUACUGAGAUGGGCAUAUGGGAUAGUUAUGGAAAUAAAUUUGCACCUCAACUUUUUGUGUAGUUGUCCAAUGUGACAUGAUGUCUGAGUAUCAUAUUUUGGUGUGUCAUCUGAGAGUACACCGAUUAUAAUUUAAUUUAAUUUAAUUUAUGUAAUUUCAUUCAAAUUUUCUGCAUAGAACGUAGAAAGUAGAAAAUCUUCUGCAUCAAACUCAAAUCUUAUGCACAAAUUAUUAGAAAAUUAUGGAUAACAUUGGUUUUUGGUAGGCAUGUCUGGAGUUAUUAAAAUAUUUUGUACAGCACCAUUUCAUAAAAUUUUAUCAAAAUAUGAA